AUGGUGUUUGGUAAAAUAACUAGGCGAUUAGAACUGAAAGGCAAACUUUUUUUCCUCUGUCAGUGUUCAGGUCAGCAGUCAGCUGUUCCUCUGGCUGUGGUUGAGGAGAUCUUACUGAACCUGCCAGCACAUCAGGUGGUCCAAGUCUGUCGGUUGGUGUGUCAUGAGUGGAACGAGCUGGUGGACAGUGCUGCACACUGGAGAGAGCGCUGUCGGAGAGAGGCGCUCCAGCCGAAUGAUGCUUCCAGACCCCCAGAGGACUGGCGCCAGUUUUACUUUCUAUCUAAGUUCAGACGUAACCUGCUCAAGAAUCCCAGAGCUGAUGAUGGACUUCAAGGAUGGGAGAUUGUACAGAAUGGAGCUGACCACUGGGCAACAGAGUUGAACAGAAUACCGUUGCCAGACAACACAGUCACCAAAUGUUUUGUAACAUCUAAUAAUCAAUGUUUUAAGGAGCAGCUGAUUGAUCUGAAGAAAGAAGGCUACAGUGAUGCUUUCAUGGAUCAACUGCGACCUCAUAUCAAAAUAUCAGACUGGUAUACCCCACUCUCGGAUUAUGGAAGUCAGUAUCAGUUGUCUGUAGAUUUGCUUGAUCAGGAGAAGAAUCCCAUCAGUACCUAUCAUCCUUAUAAAAUUUUCUUUCAAAGUGGGAGCGAUUAUCCAUGGUGUCAAAUUAGCUACGUUUUUAGGAAUUAUGGACCUGGGGUUCGGUUUAUCCAUUUCACUCAUGGAGGGGGAUGGGCUGGAAUACGGGUUACUAACAGUAGUGUGGAAAUCUGUCCAGCUGCAGAGAGGUAGUGUUUUCUAGAGUGAUUUUUUUACAUUCCUAAAUGUAACAGGCACAAAAGUGACCUUCAGGUAAGGAAUUCUAAUGAAUUCUAAUAUGUCUUUAGGAGAUCACAUCACAAAGCUUUAUUAUACUAUAGAUGUAUUCUGUUCCAAUAAAGAUACUGUUGAAUGUAGGACCCUAGCUGACAACUAGAACUACAUCCAAAGACACUUUCUGCUUAGGGUACAAAAAUCAACGACGACAAUGAUCACAAUUCUCGAUAUCAGAGCAAAAAUGUA